AUGAUUUACACACAGCCUUAAAGAGCACUGUAUUUAUGUGGGCUAAAACUUUAUUUACCGAAGACUCUGCUGUCUAUUAAUUGCAAAGUCGAUUAAAAAGCUUUUUGUCAGCCAUAAUAGAAUUAUCUCGAUUUGGUAUUGAACUUAAUGGAUCUAUCGAUUACUCAUUUGAUACUGCUUUUUUAAAAAAAUGUAACGAAUUAAAAAUAUAUCCAAUAUCGCAAAUGGAAGACUAUUAGUGAAUCUACUGAAGAUUAUUCCAGAGAUUCCGAAUACUAUGACGUUGUUUAAGCUAUAUAUAUUCGAAAUUACUUUGCUUUUGAUGGUUACUAUCCUUAUCCCAUAUAAUUAUAUCCACAUUAUGAUUACUAAAUACGUCAAUAGAAUAGAAAAUAAAAUAUUUAAUUAUAAACAUAUAUCUCCUACAAUUUUAAAGUACUGAAUGAUACUGCAAAUCUUGUUUGUUUAAUGAGAAAUUCUUAGACGUAUGAAUGGUCAAAUGAAAAUUGCACACUUCAUGAAUCUAAUACAUCCUAUUUUUGUAAUUGUACAACACUUGCUCCAACAACCAUGUGCAAUGAUUAUGACUACCUUUUUUAAAGCUCCCCUUAAUUCUAAUUGAAUAUUCCCAAUCUUUUAUAUAUUAUUUACUUUGCAUAAUUAAUCAUAUUAGGAAUAUUUUUGAUUAAAGCAAGGAAGUCUCAGUAUGAAAAAUCUAUAGAGAAGAAUAAGUUUGGUUAAGUUCUAAAAUUGGCAAAACGUAGUAAAGUAAAGAUCUUAGGAAAAAAAAUCGUUCCUGUUGAUGAUGAAAUAGUAGUAGUUCCGAUUGAGUAAAUAUAAACUCAAAAUCCAUAAGAACAAACAUAUAAAAAUAAAUUUAGUUUUAAUAACUUUUGGGUACUUAAUAUAUGUUAAUUAUAGAAAUAUCAUUUUUUAACUUCAAUGAUAUUUAAAAAAAUUUGUUACUUGAGCUCAUUUCAUCGAUCUGUUUUGAUUUUAUUGAGGUGGAAUCAAGCUAUUAUUAUUGGAGAAGUUUUAAGUAUUAUUGGAUUCAAUUAUGAUAUUUCUAUGUGGAUCAUCUUGUCAUUAAUCAUUUUUAGUCGAAUUUUUGAAUACAUUUACAAAGUAAUCAAUUUAUUAUGAUUUAGACUUAAGUCAAAUACUUUUUUUAUAUGAAAUAAGAAAUAAUUCUUUUUAUCGUUAAAUUAUUUUAAUUCUUGUUAAUGUUAGGCACAUAUAUAUUUGGAAUAUAUGUCUAUUUAAAAAUCUAGGAUUAAACAGAUUUGGUAUUAAAUACUGAUUAAUUAUUAGAUAAUUUCAUAUACCUUUGCCAUCUUAAUUGAUUUUCUAUUGUUAGAUAUCAUCUAAUUUAGCGCCAAUAAAUUUUUUGGAUAAGAGAAGAAAAAAUUAAUUAGAAAAAACUUAGAGAAUUUAAAUUUAUAGCAAAGGCAUAGAGCAUCAAUUGAUAAUGAUAUUAUUUAAAAUCCCAUCUGA